AUGAUAGAAAUAUUUGUUUACAAAGGAGGCAACCAAGUAAUACCAGAAGAUGUGGAGCUGGUCCGAAUCGAUCCAUCCGUCAAAAUCAUUGAGAAAUGGGCAUUUGAAGAUCGCCCCAAAUUACGGUAUGUACAGUUUUCAGAAGGCUUGCAAAAGAUUGGAUCCAAUGCGUUCUCGAACUGCGUAUCGUUGGAAUCUAUUAGAUUGCCAUCCACCAUGACAGCAGUUCACAAAGGUUCAUUCUAUAACUGCGUAUCAGUGACGAGCGUCGUCCUGAACGAGGGGCUCGAAAUCAUUGAGAAAGAUGCCUUUUCAGGCUGUGGCAUGGAACUUCUUUGGCUUCCGUCAACCAUGAAGUAUGUGAGGACCGGUGCUUUUGACAGCUGUAAAGAGCUAAAAAAGGUUGCGCUGAAUGAAGGACUCGUCAAGGUCGAAAACUAUGCGUUUAAUCUGUGUGACAACUUGGAAACGAUUGAGGUUCCUUCCUCUGAAACUGUCAUUGACGCAUUUGCAAUCCCCGAGAAAACUUCUCAGAUAACAGGGAAAUAUAUCCCAUUCUGGGAUCAAGUACACUAUAGAUAUGAGCAAGGCGAAAAGGCUCGAAUGGAAAAGUAUGGCAUGAACAGUGUUCCGAUUGAUGAUUCAGAAAUGGAUGAUUCAACAAUGAUGAACUCCAAGCCAUCACCAGAAGAUACUUCAUCCAGUAGGAAGCCACUGGCGAUAUUCCCAGCUCCCACUAAGAAGCGAAGCAAAGAAACAAAAGCAGAUAUCCAGCUAAUGCUUGCCGAUAAGCAAGAACAGAUUGAGAGCCUGAAGAAGUUGUUGAUGUCAGCCGAAAGAGAACGAGAUGAAUUGCAAACAAAGCUGAACGAGUACGACAUGCCAGAGUAA